AUGGCCCAACGCAAUUUUGAAGAGAAUGUGGAAUGUGGUGCAUACUUUGUGAAUCCCAACAUUAGUUCUUCUCCAAGUGUAAACGAUAGGGGUGUUAGAGGACCUAUGGAUCGAUUUUUGGGGACUACAAAAGAUGACGAGCAAGGAACCGUAUCGGAUGAAAAGAUGACACCAGCAAGGGCUAAAGAACACAGGAAUAGAGUUUGCUUGGAUAUCGAGAGAUGCUUCUACGAGAAUGUGAUCUCAUUUAACGUGGCAACAAGUCCUUCUUUUAUAGAUUGUAUAAAAAACGCACACAAAUUAUUCGAGUUACUUGAUGCUGUCAUAGAAGAGAUUGGUGAAGAACUUGUGGUUCAAGUUGUGACUGAUAAUGCUAGUGCCUAUAAAGCUGUUGGUGAACUAUUGAUGGAGAAGAAAAAGGGUUUGUAUUGGACCCCUUGUGCUGCUCAUUUGAUGCUUGAGAAGAUUGGAGAUUUGCUACAAAAUAAAUAUGCUUUGCUAAAAGCAAAAAAAAAAAAGUUUGCUGAGAAAGAUCUUCUUCGACCGGCUAUCACACGAUUCGCGACAUCAUUUUUUAUAUUGGAAAGUCUGCAUGGAUUAAAGCAACCACUACAAAGUAUGUUUGUUUCAAGAGAGUGGUCAAAUUGUGCUUGGGCAAAAAAGGAUGAUGGAAAAGUUGUCAAAAAAAUUGUCAUGGACGAGAAAACCUUUUGGUCUAGUGUGGUUUAUUCCAUUAAAACCUCAAAGCCACUUAUUCAUGUUUUGAGGAUUGUUGAUGGUGAAAAGGAGCCGGCGAUGGCUUAUAUUUACGGUGCAAUGGAUGAAUGUAAAGAGAAAAUAGCAAGUAAUUUUAAUGGGGACGUGUCUCAAUACAAGGAAAUAUGGGAUAUUAUUGAUGAAAAAUGGUAA